AUGGACAAUUUUCUUCUCUGGCCUCGUCAGGCAGGGGCCCAAACAACCGCACCGUCUCCUACACUGUCCACCCCUACUCCAGCCAAUCAAGCAGGAGCGUUUAGUACACCAGAUAGGGCAAGCCCCAGCACUUGGUCUUCAGCUACAUCGCCCAACAGCUCAUUUUCCUCUUCAAGCUCUACAGUUUCAACGAGUACGACAUCUGCGGCCUCCACAAGUGAGACACUGAGUACGGCGUCUACUGCCAGUAGCAGUACCAGCGACAGCACCCAAACAAGCGAUCGCAGUCGAGGAGUCAGUAAUGGAACUCUUGCAGGUGCCAUCAUAGGAUCAAUUGCCGGAACCGCUAUUGUAGCCCUGUUGGUUGCCAUUCUUUACAUCCGCUUCCGCAGGAACAAAGAAGCGAGGACUACCCAAGGUGCCAGUUCGACUACACGCGAUACGCCAAAACCACUGGGAGAAAUUCAGACACAAUCCAGACUUCCACCGGUCGGAACCCAAGAGAAAGAACCCUCAGGCACUUCAUCAGCUCCCUGGUCCCUGCUACUUAACUUGUCCUCGUACGUCCCAGAUCCAGCGGAUGACCACGCUGUCUGCACCCGAAUACAAACCCUUUUCGACCAGGCCGGUCUACACGUGGACAAUUAUUACACUCCAGCGUCUCCAAUGGUCCGACCGACGCAGGAUGCUGUCGCUCGCGUUAAUCACUACGGCUCCCCUUUCCUACCCUCGUCCGUGGCUACUAUGCUUUCGAAGCCCCGAGCUCAGAGACCCGUUCUUACUCAUGUUUUGGUUCGGACCUUGUUGAAUGCGAUUCAGCCAGGAAUGGGAACCGAAUCCCUACUUCCCCAACCCUAUGCGUCAAGCCCACCGCAUCAGGGGAAUGCAGUCUUUGGCUCCGACAAGGAUCGGGCCAUAUUCGCCUGGCGCAUGUUGACAGCCUACCUAUAUAAACAAGACCAUUCCGCGGAGGGGGGAAGUACCAGAAAUAUUGAAGAAACAGCCCUGGCACAUCUGACGGAGAGCUUCGUUCAUGCCUUUGCACCAUACAGUGACGCUCAUUUCUCUGAGACCGACCGCCUCAUCCAUUUUUCAAGCGUCGCCAAAGCAGCAGCAGACCUUGGUGUUUGGCUAUUUGCCAACCCAUGUUUCUUUGACUUUCGCUGGAGUACCAGUACGACUGACCGACUGACUGUGCUGCCGGCCGUAGUAAAAAUUACCGAUGAACAGGGGCAACGAUUGAUAGUACCUCAGGUACUAGUGGAGGAGACUAAAUUCUCGUCCUACAACAUGGAAUCGAACUUAAUCGUAUCCCGAGACGACCAUGCACCAAUCGUCCCCAGAUCGCGAACGUCCCAACCAACGCUAAAACUGGGCUUGCGGUCCCUACGUCGCAACGACUUCCAGUUAACAAUGAUCAAGGAACAAUCAAGCGAACUCCUCAAAACCACCGACCACGUUCUUACUCAAUUACGCGAAGUCGAGCGUCUCCGGCAACUCAAAGCGAAUGCCCUAGAUAAUCAGGAGCGCGCAUGGAUGGACUCAACUAUCCACGACGUCACGGACGCCGCACGGGAUGUAGCGAUUCUCGUCGAACCAGCACGCGCCGAGCAGGAGGCCCGAAAUGGGAAACUGAGUCUGGGGAGACAGCUGCGCUGGAUUUAUCGUGAUAGUCAAAGGGCACAGGACAAGAGACUCCGAUUAUUGGCUUGUUAUCAGAGUUUGGUAAUUGUCUUGGAUCGACUUCAGCGCUUGGAUUUUCCUGCUACGCAUGAGCUUGAAGCGGCUAUACCGGAGAAGGCUGGGUGCAGCAGCCCGGAAUUACAGACGCCUUCAGCCUUGGACGCGUCCUUUUCAGAGGAUACAAUGAAAGAGAAACAGGUUCUGGAGCCUCCUAGUUACGAAAUGUACGAUAUGUUGACCUGGCGUCGGUCAAAAGGGGCUACCGCCAGUAUCGAGUGCAAUCCAUCUCCGCGACUCCAAAUAACCCAAGGCCGGGAAUCCAUCAAAACCUACAACGACAAAGCUACUCUUACAGGUCAAAUCCUGAAACGCUCGUUCUGCGACACGUGUGGAUCGAACCUUUUCAUCCAAAAUGAUAAUUUGGAGAAGGCUCAACUUAUAUCCGCGACCAGCGGAACCAUUGAUAAUCGGGCGAAUCUGCAUCCCACUGUGGAAGUAUGGGGCCAGGGUCGACGGACUUGGCUCUGUCCUAUUGAGGGGACUGAGAAGAAGAACACGCAGUGA